AUGCAGCUUUUAUCAGGGGUUGUUGAUUCGGCCAUAUUCACCGUGAGAAACAAUUGCCCAUUCACAAUAUGGCCGGCAGCUCUAACCGGAGCCGGUUCUCCAGCCCAAACCGGGUUCGAGCUACCACCACAGGCUUCAAGAGCUCUCGCCAUUCCAGCUCCAUGGUCCGGUCGAAUCUGGGCCCGGUUCCAAUGCUCCAACUCUGGCCGAUUCACCUGCGAAAGCGCCGAUUGUAACUCGGACCAAAUUGAAUGCAAUGGCGCCGGUGGCACUCCUCCUGCCACCCUAGUGGAAUCCACACUAGCAGGGGACCAAGGCAAAGACUUCAACGACGUGAGCCUUGUUGACGGAUUCAAUCUGCCAGUAGCGGUCGCCUCUGCCGGAGGAAACUGCCCGCCCACGAGUUGCCCGGUUGAUAUCAAUAACAAAGGCUGCCCCAAUGAACUGGCGGUGAGAGGGGGGAACGGCGGGGUGGUUGGGUGCAAGAGUGCGUGUCUUGCACUCAACCAGCCACAGUAUUGCUGCACCGGCGCGUAUAGCAGUCCGGCAACGUGCAAGCCCACAAGCUACUCGCAGAUAUUCAAGUCGCAAUGCCCGGAGGCUUAUAGCUAUGCUUACGAUGAUCAAACCGGCUUACUUACUUGCCCAACCGGGAACGACUAUCUCAUUACAUUCUGUCCUUGAACAAUUCUUAAAUUCAUAUUAUACUAUAACUAAAGUCGA